AUGUUCUGUCGGGAAUACAACAAGAAAGUUGUGUCAACCAUGUUUCUCGUCGUUACUGUUGGCCCCAAACCGUCUCCUCUGUCGGAUACUUCAGUGGCGUCUUUUGGCUCCGCAACAAACACCUUCCUGUUGCAACUGGUCGCCGUCUGUCAGAAGGAGCUGUGUCUGCUACGGGACAGCCAACGGCUGGCAGAGACGGAUGCCAGUGAGGGUGAACGAACUCUGGGUGAGCGCUUCAAUCGGGGUGUGGGUCUGCGAAGAUACCACUGUCCUCUCUGUGGUCUCACCUUCGCACUGCGCUUUCGCUGCCUUCGUGGUCGUGUGCUCUUUCGGCUGCAUGAGGGCGGAUUCACCACACUCAGUCGACACCACCGCCCCCAGUUGGACUUUGAAGUCGUCAUAUUCUGCGUGGAUGGUGAGUGUUUCGUGCGCCAGUUUGCGUCCGGUUGGAGGCAGGCCGUAAAGUACAUUCGCGCAAGGUCCUGUUCUGAGUGUCCUUCGGAGCUUAAGACGCGCCAGACGGAGGUUCGGGAGUCUGCUGUUCCUGCUGCUGCCGCUGUCCAUCAGAAGAAGGAGCAGCAGGAGGUUGACUUCAGUCCUCCCUUCGAAUGUCCCUUCUGUUCGGCCUCUGCGCCCCCUGCCCUGACCGCCACCGCCAGUGCCUCUCGUCGAGGCAUCCUUGUCACCCCCUCGUCCUUGCAACACCCUCACAACGACGAUCACGACGGUGGAAGCCAGUUGGAGUCACUUCACCUCACUGCAGUGCCCUCCUUCCUGAGAGACAUUCAAGACGAAAUACAGGUUUCUUCUUCCGCCUCUCCACCGAUUGUCGAGUCUCGACCCUCGCACACUUCCGUCUCCACAAACCCCUUCGAUGCUGACGUAGACGCGUAA